AUGGCUCGAGAAGUUUUAGCCAUACCGGUUUCUACAGUUGCUUCUGAGAGUGCGUUUAGUACAGGAGGAAGGAUUAUUGACCCUUAUCAGAGCUCCUUGACACCAUAUAUGGUGGAAGCUCUUGUAUGCACUCAAGAUUGGGUAAUAGAUGACCCUUUUGGACUAAUUGAAAAUUUUGAAGAGAUUGAAAAAGCUGAACAAGAAAUCAGAAGCCAGCUCACGGAGGAAGAAGCAAAUCAGAUCUGUUUCAAAGAGGUCUUCCGAAUAGGUUUCCAGGCACGGAUCUGGAACCUUCUCGAAGCUUCUUCCGUCUUACUGUUCCAAUUUUGCAAAGCUCGGAGCAGAAGAACAUCGCUUCAAUUCUAUCAGGUCCUAAUUGACUUUGUAUUGAGCUUCACUUCAACUCUACCAGAAGAUAAAGCUGUUGAUUUGUAUGUUCUGGAAAGAGCUCUUCUUUCAAUGCAUUCGUCAUGUGGGAAUGUGGAAGAAUGUGCAAGUAAUGUCCACCGUCACUAUGAACCAGUACCAUAUUUACGAAGCUAUUGGUCGUGGAAAAUACUCGACCGUGUACAAAGGCAGGAAGAAGAAGACAUUGAGUAUUACGCCAUCAAAAGCGUAGACAAGUCACAGAGAAGCAAGGUUCUUCACGAAGUAUGAAACUUCUGCUCACUUAUGGUUGUUCUUGGAGUAUUGCGUUGGAGGAGAUUUACUUUCUAUAUUACGGCAGGCGAACCAAGAGACACUGCAGAAAGUCUGUGACAUAGUCAAGAAGCAAUUGGCACUGCCAGAGGGUUCAAGUGUCACUGGAGAGUCCAAGUUUGCUACCCUUGGAGCUGAUUCUCUUGACAGUCUUUUUACAUAGAAAAAUUACAUAUCUAUUUCUGUUUUUACAUAGAAUUAUAAAAAGAAUGCUCUUUUUUUGUUAUGUAGUUAGAUAUUACGAAUUUAAUAUUAGAGAUUUAAUAACCCAAUAAAAGAUAAUUAUAUACA